UUAUGCCCACUCCAAUUCGCUGCUCUUGUUGUUUGAUUGCCACAAGCUGUGUUCACCUUGCUUCAAGGGCGAGUUUCGGACUAGGCUCGGUAAAGACUUUCCGUAGUGAAUGUAUAAAUUUUUCUUGCUAACGCUUGCAAUCCGCGGUUGUCCUAAGGGCAGCUCAGAGACUCUCCCCAGUUCUCAUGGCAGGAUCUGGGAGCUGUUCCUUUCCAAUGAUGGUAAGGGCUCUGACAGUACCUGCCUUUGACGCACAGGAUCACGUCCGUCGGCCGGUCUGCCUGCGAAGCGGUCGCCGCUGCCGGUCGCUCCCGCCGGCGACCGCUCGUUCAAGAGCGGCAUGAAUCCUACCAUGCUUUUCCAGACCGUAUAUAAGUACUCAGCCGAUCUUCAGAUGUCCGAGCCGCCUUAUCGACACUCCCUACCUUCUCAUCGAUUCAUUUGGGCAGGAUGAUCUCUUCGCUCCCCCUUUGUGCAAUCUCGUUCAUUCUGGUUUCGACUACUGUCUUCGGGGCUGAAUGUGGCAGUUACACCAUCCAGUGGAUCAACUGUUCAACUGUCGUCCCUUACGAGCUGCUCCCAAGCACACUUCACUGCGGUCAAUUGACUGUGCCUAUGAAUUACGAGGAGCCCAUCGGUGACAUGAACAACGUAACGCUACACUUCGCUAUGUAUCGGCCUCAGAACCCAAAGGGAUUGAUCAAUUUUAAUCCUGGUGGACCGAAUGGAGAGGUGCCAUCCAAUAUCUGGGAGCUGGCCCUCAAUACCUCCACCGCAGAGCCUCUCUUGCCGCUCAUUGAAUAUGACAUCUUGGGCGAGUCGACAUUUUGCUCUCCGACCACUGAGGGAGAAUUCCAGCUGCUCCAAGAGGCAGCGAAUCAAUAUGCCACAUCUUGCAAUGAUCAAAGCAAGCCCGGCUUGAUCGAGACUAUGAGCACCAAUGUCAACAUACAAGAUUGGAACUCGGUCCGACAAGCCCUUGGGUACGAUGAGAUGAAUUUUCUCGCAGAAUCCUAUGGCACUUUUGGAGCCGCUCGAUAUGCCGCCAAGUAUCCUCAACAUAUCGGUCGUAUGGUACUUGACGCUGUACUUGCAACGGGUCUGCCCAAUGUGAAGCUGCUUGAAUGGGAGGUUGAAAGCGUCAACAACCUCCUCCUGAGAUCAGACGCCUACUGUCUGAAUGAUACCGCGUGCCCGUAUCGCAAAGAAGGCAAGGGCAGCAUUGUCAAAGCAUACCAAGAGGCAGUUGCAAUGGCUGAUGGAGGCAACUCGAGCGGCGUAUCAUCCUCCGAUUUUCGAGCCAUGGCGUAUUUGAAUUUCCUUGACACUCGUCCAAAGUUUCCAGCACUCAAUCAGGCUCUAUACGAUGCCAUUCAUCAAGGCAACUGGUCAGCAUUCAAUUAUACAGCAUAUGCUCCAUAUUACACCCCUCAACUUAUGGCUGUCCUCCCGACAGUGUGUCUCGAUCAAGAUUUGCAGAACCACACAUUUGCAUACUUCGAAAGCAUUCAAGCUGACCUGAAUGCGGUUGAUCGGUUCGACAUGAAAUAUGUGCAAGAUCUCACUCUUGUGCCUCUGUGUGCAGGCUGGCCUUUCAAAGGUCAGCCCAAUCGCAAAGUCUACUCGGAGGCAGCCAUGCUCCUCGUUACAGCGGAUUUUGACCUGAACACGCCGGCCAAUUCCACUUUCUACGAGAGACUUCAGCUGCCCAACACGACCCUAGUAGUCCGACACGGAGACGAUCACGUCUCUGAUGUAGAACCUGGGCCAGUUCGCAACAUUGAGAGCGAAUACCUAGCCAGCGGGGUCCUUCCCUCCGCCACGAAUGGAACAUUGUAUACUGUUUAUCCUCCAGGUUGUAAACCUGGUCCUAUUCUGAAUCCCUACGACGUUCCCGUGGGAACCGUUGCAGGUGACAUCGAAUAG